AGGAACCGUGCCUUGUUCAAUGUUAACAAUGGCAAAGUUAAAACAUGUCCUUGUUAUACCAUUUCCAGCACAAGGUCAUGUCACUCCUCUCCUGAAGCUCUCACACUGUAUUGCCGAUUAUGGGGCCAAGGUUACAUUUGUGAACACAGAGUCUAUUCACGCACAAGUGAUGGCGGCAAACCCCGGACUGGAAGUGGGAUCGGAUCGGAUUAAGUUUGUCGCUAUUCCGGAUGGGCUCGAAACUGAUGAGGAGCGAAAAGACUCGACUAAGAUGAUGGCUAGCAUAUUGAGGGUGAUGCCUGGUCAUUUGCAGGAGUUGGUUGAAAAAGUGAAGAAGCAGUCGAAUGGCAAUGAAGAUGAGCAGAUAAGCUUCAUGAUCGCGGACUUGACCGCCGGAUGGGCAUUGGAAGUCGCUGAAAGGAUGGGAAUCGAGCGAGCCGGGUUUUGGCCCGCCUCGGUGUCAACUCUAGCCUUGGUACUGAAUGUUCCGCAUUUGAUCAAGGGCGGAGUCAUAGACAACAAUGGUAUCGCUCUGAAGAAUGAUCUCACUGUGAUAUCAAAGGACAUUCCUCCAUAUAAGAGCAAUGACUCCACUUGGAAUUGCCCCGAAGACCCGAUAAUGCAGAAGGUAUUCUUCCAAUGCAUAUCGGCCAUCCCCCUUUACAGCAAACGCUCAAACUCAUUCAUUUGCAAUUCAUUCCAUGAACUCGAGGAACCGGCUAUUAGUGUAAUUCCCGGAGCUCUCCCAAUCGGUCCGCUAAUAGCAAGUGCCCAAUUAUCCCAUCUCAGAGGAAGCCCGUGGAACGAGGACUCGACUUGCUCGAAAUGGUUAGACCAACAUCCUACCCAGUCAGUCAUCUACGUCGCCUUUGGAAGCAUGACAAUAUUCAGCCUGGAACAAUUCUAUGAGCUCGCCCACGGCCUCGAACAGAUUGGCCGACCAUUCCUAUGGGUCGUACGCCCGGACCUCACCGAUGGGUCCGUCACCGAGUUCCACGACGGGUUCCUCCAAAGGGUGAGGAAUUAUGGGAAGGUGGUCCAAUGGGCACCGCAAGAGGAGGUCCUAGCACAUUCUGCAGUGGCGUGCUUCUUCACUCACUGUGGUUGGAAUUCCACAAUGGAAGCCCCGAGCAAUGGAGUCCCACUUCUCUGCAGGCCCUAUUUCGGAGACCAGUUCCCGGACAGGAGCUUCAUUUGUGAUGUGUGGAGGGUGGGUUUAGGGGUGGAUGCUGAUGAAAAUGGUGUCACAACAAGGCAUGAAGUGAGGAAAAAGAUGCUAGCAGUUCUUGGCAGUGAAGAGAUAAGGGCAAAUUGCCCGAGGGUAAAGGAGAUGGCCAGGAAGAGUGUUAGUGAAGGAGGGUCCUCCCUGAAGCAUCUGCAGAGCUUUUAUGAUAGCUUGAGGGUUCUUGUUGUUCCCGUUCAGUCCUUGAGAUUGUACUAUGUUGUAAUGUUUUACAAAAUAAUGUACUCGCAGAGUGUUUAG